AUGGCGCCACCGCCUUCACCCUACACACUGAGGACUGGAAUCUACGCGGCCAUUGACCCCGAGAGCCUCAACGGGUCGCUUCAGGGCCAGAAUGCACUGAUCACUGGUUCUGGUCGGGGAAUCGGUCGCCACAUCGCCAUUGCAUUGGCACGUGCCGGGGCCAACGUGUGCGUGACAGGCCGCACUGCAAACCAGGUCGAGGCCACUGUCGCAGACAUACAGUCGAUCGGUGGCAAUCGACAGUCGGGAGCCAGUGGAAAGGUCGUAGGCAUCACCGCAGACAUACUCGACCGCAAUGACCAACAACGUCUACUUCGCGAAUUCCGGUCGCAGCUAGGUCCUAUCGAUAUUCUAAUCUGCAACGCCGGGUCGAAUACCUUCCAGCCUUUCCAUCUCACAGACCCAGUCGAAUGGUGGGAUAUCUUGGAGCUCAACUUGCGCGCACCAGUGGAGCUCACAAGGCUGGCCUUGCCAGAAAUGAGAGAGCGGAACUCAGGCACUAUCAUCUACACGAGUAGUCGAGCCGCAGCACCAGAGCUUAACUUGCCGUGGACGACAGCAUAUAACUGUGCCAAGACAGGGAUCACGAAGUUUGCCGGGACUCUUCAAGUUGAACUGGACCAACUUUCUGGGAUGGAUAACCGCAACAACGGGAUAUCUGUAUUUAGCAUACAUCCCGGCGAGAUAGAAACGGACCUGCACCAGACGGCGUUCCCCGAGAAGACAAAGUUGGAAGCACCCUACGUGAUCGAACAUAUGGCGGAGAUCGGCAAGCGGCGACCUCAUUUCGAAGGUGAGCUGCCGGCGUGGACAUGUGUAUGGCUGUGCUCGGGCAGGGGUGUUUCGCUGAGGGGCAACUUUGUCGACUGUACGAGGGAUGUGGAGGAGCAAGCGCAGGCAGUGGGCAAAAAGGCAUAA